GUUAAACGCCCCGUCUCUCUGCCAUUGGGCGGUGAGACUACGGAGAGCCAGCCAUCUGCAAGGAAAGCAGCUGUAGCCUUCACGCAAGAGACGUUAGACAUCAGUGAACGAAAACAGUGUGGAUUCACCCCAAGACUUGUUGAUCUUUUUCCAUAAACAAAAAGCGGAGCGCUAUGUGUAUGUCUGGAGAAGAAGAACGAGCUGCUGUCUACUGGCUUUAUUUAAACGGUGACGUUCCUGCGUUUUCCCUUAUUUAAAUGCUUAAUUUCACACCGCUGUCAGCAAUGAGUCUUCACAAAUUAAGCAGCUCAAAUAAAAUGAAACAGCUCGGAGAACCACUGGUAACACCGCCAAAUUCAUAGGGUAGUCUGCACAAAAAAACCAAAAUGGAUAAACCCUCCGCAGGAAUGAGUAAAGUUGGCUCUCGCUCGACAGCCUCUCUGCCCCCGGAGCCAGUGGAUAUAAUCCGGAGUAUGUCGUGCUACCGGCGUGUCAAACUCAACGUAGGGGGUCUGCCGCACGAGGUCCUGUGGAGAACCCUGGACCGACUGCCACGCACACGACUGGGCAAGUUACGAGACUGCAAAACCCACGAAUCACUCAUGGACAUAUGCGACGACUACAACCUAGAGGACAACGAGUACUUUUUUGACCGGCACCCUGGGGCAUUCACGUCUAUACUGAACUUCUACCGCACUGGGAAGUUGCACAUGAUGGAGGAAAUGUGCGCCCUGUCCUUCAGCCAGGAGCUGGACUACUGGGGGGUGGAUGAGAUCUACCUGGAGUCAUGUUGCCAGGCGCGGUACCAUCAAAAGAAAGAGCAGAUGAACGAGGAGCUCAAACGGGAAGCUGAUACUCUGAAGGACCGGGAGGGCGAAGAAUUCGAUAAUACGUGUUGUUCGGAGAAAAGGAAGAAACUGUGGGACCUACUAGAGAAACCAGGCUCGUCUGUAGCAGCCAAGAUCUUGGCAAUCAUUUCUAUUCUAUUCAUCGUGCUCUCCACUAUCGCUUUGUCUCUUAACACCCUCCCAGAGCUGCAAGACACAGACGAGUUUGGUCAGACAACUGAUAAUCCCCAGCUGGCCCAUGUGGAGGCGGUGUGCAUCGCUUGGUUCACCAUGGAAUAUCUUCUUCGCUUCCUUUCCUCACCAAACAAAUGGAAAUUUUUUAAAGGUCCUCUUAAUGUCAUCGACUUGCUGGCCAUCCUACCGUAUUAUGUCACCAUAUUCCUGACUGAGUCAAACAAGAGCGUGCUGCAAUUCCAGAAUGUGCGUCGGGUGGUGCAAAUCUUUCGAAUCAUGCGGAUUUUGCGCAUCCUCAAGUUGGCACGUCACUCCACUGGGUUGCAGUCACUGGGCUUCACACUACGACGGAGUUACAAUGAGCUGGGCCUGCUUAUCCUCUUCUUAGCAAUGGGGAUAAUGAUCUUUUCGAGUCUAGUUUUCUUUGCUGAGAAGGACGAAGAUGACACCAAGUUCAAGAGCAUCCCUGCCUCCUUCUGGUGGGCCACUAUUACCAUGACCACUGUUGGAUAUGGGGACAUUUACCCCAAGACCCUUCUGGGUAAGAUCGUUGGUGGACUCUGCUGCAUAGCAGGAGUGUUAGUUAUUGCCCUUCCCAUUCCCAUCAUCGUCAACAACUUCUCUGAAUUCUACAAGGAGCAGAAACGGCAAGAGAAGGCCAUAAAGAGACGGGAGGCUCUAGAGCGAGCCAAACGCAAUGGCAGCAUAGUGUCCAUGAAUGUUAGAGAGGCGUUUUCCCGUGGUGCAGAGCUUCUGGAUGUGGUGGUCAUGGACAAGGGUGAGAGAACCCAGGACAACCAUCUCUCACCCAGUCGAUGGAAAUGGUCAUCCAAGCGGGCAGCUUCAGAAACCAGUUCUAAUCGUUCCUUCAACCCAGACCAAGGUUCUCCUAGCAAGGCGAGAGCUUCUAGUCCACAGAGGCUUAACGCACAGAAACUAGAAGAGAUGUACAACCAGAUGGCAAAGACUCAGUCACAGCCCAACCUUAACUCCAAAGACAGAGGUUCUUCCCGAGCAGGCCAUAGAAGGGAUGAAAUUGAGCUGGGAGCCUUGCCAGGUCAAGGGGGCGACCCACUGAUUGGGGGUCGUGAAGGGGUGGUAGACAUGAAAAGUCUGUCAAGCAUUGACAGUUAUAUCAGCUGUGCAACAGACUUCCAAGAAAACCCACGAUUCCCCUACAGUCCGGCAGGAGGUCUAUCCCUCCCAGAGAGCUCUCGGUUCUCCCACAGCCCUGGUUCUGGCCUCUCUGGUCGGGUCAGUGCUAAUCCGAGUCUACAGACCACCUUGGAGCAUGUGACUAUGCUCACACCACCAUGUUCUGGUGCUAAACCUCUCAACAGCGAGGGUUCACGGCAACAAGGACUUCUCGGAAACUCUCAGAAAAUGCAUUCGGUCAGGGUGAAUCAUCGCAAUUGCGGGGAGGCCAGCCCAUCAGGUGGUCCUCUGUCUGACAGCUCUAUUCUUUCUGACCACUCCAUCCUAAGCCCCGAGGUGUCGAUCUACACUACAGCCAGCAGCAGGACUCCACCUAAGACACCCGAGAGAAAGGCAAUCACCCCUGCAGUCUUCACUUUUCACGACGCAUCCAUCAGCAAGUACAUCGAUGCGGACACAGAUGACGAGGAGCACUUGCGCGAAGGUGGCCCGUCGGAGCGCCUGCUGGGUGGCCUGAGCUCCAAGCCUCGGAUCAGUGGUUACCAGGGGGGCACCAACCACUUGGAAGCUGCCCAAAGGCUGCUCGGUCAGAACUGCCUAUUCCCACUGGGAAGUAGCCCAAGUGUUGGCCAUGAGAACCAUGUGGCUUCAGAGAACUCACGAAGGCCUAAAGGGGACAGGGGACAUUCCAACGCAUUUGAUAAGGGCCUCUGAGGCCUCAGGGUCGUGAGUUGGACUCCAAAAGGAGUCCAAGAAGGGAAAGAAGGCCAAGUUCAAUCAAGGACUUUGGGGAAAGCAGAGACUAAUGUACAAUGGAGAAUCAUUUUACAGGCAUCUGACCAGGGGGCAUACCCUGGUGACUUUAUGCGGGAGAGUUCACUGGAAAACAGUGGUCAUGUUACAUCAUUAAGGAACAGGAUCUUGAGGAUGUACCACUGCCUACACCUCUUGCCCUUUUUCCUCUUCUGUAAACAAGCCUGCAUUGGUGUGUUGCAGGGGUAAGAUAAAGCCAGAGCAGAUCUGGUCUACAGUUGUUUGUGAAAAGAGCAGAAUGUAUGCUAAAGCUUAAUUAGCUUGAGGCUGAACACUUACCAGACAUUUAAGCGCAAAUGUGUAUGGUAAAUCAAGGGGGACAGUCCAUCACUGCCCACGUCAGCUAGUCACUGUCCAGAGCCCACCUUAAAGAUUAGCAUUAUAGACAUGUUAUACCCUGUUUACUAGUGCACCCUUCCCCUGUCCCCUAAUAAACUGGCCUUACUUAACUGCAGUUAUGGGUCUGCAUACAGUAUGAGUGCUUGUGUGCAAGCAUAUUUGAAAUAGGGAGGGCUGAUGGUAUGAUAAUGUGCACGUAUAAAAUAAUUAACAUUCCUGCACACAAGCUCACUCUCCACAUGGUGUGUGAUUCUACUUGAUUAAUUUAUUUUUAUAUAGACAUGAAGAUUAUCUGUAGAAGUCUGUCUCAUAUUCACCAGUAUAAGAAUAAACCGUCAAUUGUUUCAUCGGAAGAGACCAAAAUCUGUUUAAAAUUACCUCCCCUCAUUUACUUGUGUCAUCUUUAAGACUUUUUUUUUUCUAGUUUGGCAGAUUUUAAAGGUAUAGUUCACCAAAAAAAGAAAAGAAAAGGAAGUUCUGUCAUUGUUUACUUUGUCUCAUUUCUUUCCUGUGUGCUAUAUUUCUUCUGUAAAACACAAAUAAGGAAUUUAUUUUUUAUUUUCUUUUUUUGUACAGCCAGUGGGGUCCGAUGUUGUUUAGACCCAAAUAUUCUUCAAACUAUCAUCUUUUGUGUUCCGCAGAAAAAAAGAAAGGCAUACAGGUUUAAGUGGGUGAGUAAAUGUGAUAAAAUUUUCUUUUUUGGGUUAACUAUCCCUUUAAAAUUCAAAAGGUGUUGUUUAAGAAAAUUACUUAAGAUGCGCUUCUUGCUGUGCUUACAUGUGUAAUAUUGUCUUUCAAAAAGCCCAUGUUUAUGACUGCUUUUUUUAAAUUAUGUAAAAGAAUAAUUACGUAGCACAUGCAUAUUGGCAGCCCAAACAGAAGCAACAAUGAGAACGAAUGGACAACACAUACCUCACCCUGUUGUUACCAGAUAUUGGUAAAUGAUGGAAGGCUAGAAUUAAAUCUGACCAAGGUAGAAACUACUGAAAAACUUCAGGUCAAUUCAACAUUUCAGUUAGAAUUACCAGUUUCAUAGCAGUAGAUGCUGUCUCAAACACAAAUAUUUCUGAAUAUAAGAAUAAAUAUAUAUUUCUAAAGUAUUUUCUAGAUGAUCAUACGAAGUGAGGGAGAUGGUCUCAUACUUUUGCAUUGCCAGGGUGAAUGUUUAUUUUAAAAUAUAUGAUUUAAUAAAAGGUUUUAUUGGACCUUUUGUGUCCUCAAUUGUUAUUCAGGCUCAACAUGCACGACGUAACCAAGAUGACCACCAGUUAAUCCCAAACAUUUAUCCUUUUUGAUAGAGAGCUCUGUAAUACAGUACAUAAUGCAUGGCCAUGUUUACCUCCAAAUUUAAUACAAUCCUUUCACACUGCACAAACUUAAUAUCCUUAAAAGGUUAGAUCCUUAUCUCCAACAUUGCCAUCCGCACCAUUCUGUAACCACAUGCAUACACAUAGUCCAGCAUGUAUUCACAGGUAUGUAGACAAUGUCCUGAAGAGGACUAUAUCCAGUUUCCAUGGUGACCACAAGCCCUCCCUGCUAGCGCUCGUAUCCAAUUUGAAAACUGGGAUAGUGAGGGCUAAAUUAGAUCAAAAUCAUACACUCAACUGCAUCCGUGUCAACAAAUAGCAUCACUAAAAGUCACAUUGUCAGAAUGUACUUGUCUUUUAGAAUAUGUAUGUGUGUGCAUGUGUUAUCAGGGGAGUGCAAAGAUGAUGGGGGGAAACUCGGCCUCUCCUGAGACUUGUGAGUGUGUGUACGCUUCUAUCCUUGUCUCAACGAUUUUAGCUGAGUUGAACUGAGGUGUGAACGGAAUACCAAUUUUCUGCAAGAGAGCGGGAGGAGGGUUUGAUUGGGAGAAAGAUGAAAACAAAUCUGCUAGUGAGAGGGAUCUUCCCUCUCCCCUCAAUAAAGAAUAAAUUAUGAAUGCAACGAUGUGUACUGCUUACUGUAAUGGUGGGAAAGGAAGCUGCUUUCUGAGUGCUAAGGUCCCUUGCUCCACUUGUGGUCUUUUAUGUGGAUAUUAUAUAAUAUCCAUGAUCUGUCGAGUGUAUGCUCCACAUUUGAUGCCCUAUUCAUUCAGUAGAUUCAUAUGGAGAGAACAUAGCACUAAAAUGUGACUUUACUGAAGCCAUUCAAAACUCUCUUUCCUGUAUCUGUGUUAGGCUGUGCCCUGAAGUCAAUGUCAACCCUGUUCGUUUUGUAAUGAUCCAUGGGUGAAUCUCACAAAGAAAUGUCUGACCAAUUUCACCCAAAAAUCAAAAGAAAAUAAUUUAAUAGGUGUAUUUUUAAAAUGAUUUAAGCCCCCAAAAAUUAUAUAUAUAAUUUUACAUUUACCCCCAAAAUUCCAGUAGCGCAAUAUGUCUUGAUGUUUGCUUUUGAAAACAUGCUUUUUGCUUUUUUUUUAACUGCAUGCUAAAAAUUUGAAAUUAGACUAAAAAUAAAAAAAUUGAUUUCAUAUAAUACAUAUACAUUUAGGGGGUGAAAAUCAGGGGAAAAUGUUCUUAAUUUGUCAUGUAAACAUUGUUAUAAUCAAAAAAAUCUGACUGGCUCUUAAUAUGGCUUUCAUUUUCUUUAUGCAAUGUGUAAUACCAUUUUUUUACCCACUGAAAUACAGAAUACAGAAUUUGUGAGAUUCACCCCCAUAUAGUCCAUGUUAAUUGUUCAAUCAGAGAUGUCAGAGAUUAGCAUAUGUUGUAUUAUUGCUGAUAUAUGUUCUGCAGAUGUCAUUCUGUAAAGUCCCACAGGAACAUUUGCAGUGCAGUGUGCAUAGAGCAUUUACAAAGAUUAGAGCGAAUUGUAUAUGGGUGUUUAUUUUAGGGAUUUUUCUUUUUCUUUUUUUUUUUUACACCAGUCUACAAACGGUGAUGACAAUCAGUAAUUUGAGUCCAAUGUCAGUGUCUUAUUGGAUGGUUUGAUAGCAUUAAUGGUGUUUUGUCUAAAAUACCCACCCACACGACAGUGCAGGUUGCAAUUCAUUAUGGUACAUUUAUAAAAUCCUUCAAAUUAAGUGGUAUUAAAAUUCCUCACAUAUGUGUCAAACUGUGACGACCUGAUGAUGCUUCCAGCAUCAACAUGGAUGCUGUUUGAAAAUUAAAUGUGAUUUUGUUAUUUUUGGUUUACAGUUGCAUUAGAUAAUCGGCACUUUGACUUUUAAUUCAGUUGAUUAUUAAUGAGAGGGUUUGUGAUGAUUUAUGUAUUUAAUUUCAACGAGAAAGCACAAAUAAGAUUUAUUUGAUUUUUCUUGUUUUCUUAUGAAAUUGUACAAUAACAGUGGUAACUAGAAGUAUGAAAUGUAGGAAGUAUUUCAUGAUUAAAGGAAUUACCGUAAACAUCCAUGUAGAAUUUCCAGGGAACUAAAAAAGAGAGCACUGUUUACAAUCCCUCCCUUGCCCUAAAUCUUCUACAAUGUUGUUUGUAGGUCUAAAGGCUGUUUGUUUUGUAAUCUUUCUACCUGUUGACUUUCUAUGCCGUUGUUUCUGUAUGUGUGUUAUGUUGUUUAAUGCAUGUCGUACCUCUGAAGCUGUAACUUGUUCUGUAUGUGACAAAAAGCCAAUUCCUUGUCUUGUAUAGGAAAAAGAGCCAAAAAUGUGUCAACAUGUCCUGAAAUCUUUAGAUUUCUUUGCAGUAUGAAGAAGAGAUAUCCCCCUCCCCCCUUGGUUGGCUGGAAUUCAAAUAAAUGAUACAGAUUAUUAAUUUUACCUAUUAUUCUGUGUUGUCAUUAGAGUUUAUAUGCAUGAAUUUGAAUGGUGUAUCUUACAGGCCCCUAACAAACUAAAAACCUAAUUCACACUUAGAAGUCAUUUGCUCUAAAGAAAAAUAACAAAAGCAACCACAUAUUUUUAUUUACUGCUAGUAAUAUAUUACUGGUUAAAAUUCAUUAUUGCUGCUGAAAGGAAUAGUUCACCCAAAAAUGAAUGGAUUUGGAGAAAUGUUGCAUUACAUGACUUGCUCACCACUGAAUCCUCUGCAGUGAAUGGGUGCCGUCAGAAUGUCCAAACAUCUGAUAAAAACAUCACAAUAAUCUACAAGUAAUUCACACGACUCCUGUCCAUCAAUUAACAUCUUGUGAAGUGAAAAGUUAAAAUUAUUAAGGUGUUUUAACUGUAAACCGUUGCUUCUGGCCAAAAUACCAGUCUAUAAUUCAUAAUAACGCUUCCUCCAGUAAA